CGUUGGUCGAUAACGCGCGCGGUGGUUGAUAAUGGUAGGAGGGGCCGCAAGCAUCUUCUGGAAUGAUCAGUCAGCCACGCCUGACUGUUGCAACAACGCCUGCCUCCCUCCGGCAACAUCAUCAUCAUCCUCUUCAGUACUUCUGCAUUCGCAUAGCGGCCCGUCGCAUUAGGCUGGCUUCCGUCGUAUUUCCGCGAGCGCCAUCUUAUCAUCUGAAACAAGCACGGACCGACACUGUAAUCUCAGUCUUCAUGCUGACGAUGCCUCUUUUGUUUCAUUGUUAACUCACCAUUUGUUAUCUUGGUUGCAUACGUUAUCCUUAGAAUAUCGUCAUAUCCUCAAGGAUCCGCAGCACUCUUGGUAUGCCCAGAGAGAUUGUACUAUGAUGAUUCGUCGCAAUUCCGAUAUCGAAAUUCACCUGCCCGACGCGGGUUCGCAGUCCACUGACUUGACCGACCCUCAGGAUAUAGAAAUGCUCUCCUCCGACAACCCAGAGAAUAUGAUGGCGUUACCGCCUCAUAUCGCCGCUCGCUUCUACCGACGGUCAGCUAGCGCUCGCCGGGCAUCCGAGAAACCCUCUCGCCGGAACUCAAUUUCGUCAUUACAUUCUCAUCACUCGAAUGUGUCCGCACAUGGAGGCCCUCAAAGUAAUCACAUUGCCCAACAUCUUCGUCGUGCUUCCAUCUUGGAGAACCGCAAGGCUCGACUAGCUGAUAGAGCUGCCCAUGCGGAAAAAGUGAGGCUUCGCGCAGCUGUCGCUAAAGCCACUACACGGAAUUUGCAGCGGGAGGGGAGAGCUUUAGCAGCUCAUCAGGCCCGAGAACGACUUCUAGCUGAGAUAACCGCCAAAUGUGAGGAUGAGGUCCGUCGAGCGAAGAAAAUUGCAGAAGAAACCCGAGAGUUGAAAGCCGCGAAGCACGCUCGCCUUCGAUUGGAGAUGGCAGAGAAAUUCGCCGACGCUGAGAAGAGGCGUUUAGACUAUCAACAGAAGCAUAGACGGCAGCGAGCUAGCAGCUCGCAUUCCAGGGAAGAGGCGAAAGCUGUCAAGACUGGAAUCAAAUCUUUGACUCGUGAUUCUGCUGCCCGGAUCAUCCAGAAGACUUGGAGGAGUCACUCCAGAAGGAGAGUUAUGAACUCUUUUCGCUCCCUUGAUCUGUCUAUACAAAGGAUUCGUGAGAUGUCUUUUGAUGACUUGGGAACCUUUCUCUCUGAAGAAGAUGUCUUGAAUACAAUGGCUAAAGUGCUUCGUCUUUGCAGGAUGCAAGAUAUGGGAUGUGGCACUAUGGCCGAGCGAGGAGCCGUUCGCACCUUUCUCAGCAGUUAUUUAAUUCUCACCCACCCAACAGAAGUCAUGAGCAGUAAUGGUGACCAGGAACAAGAUUUGAUUGAGAAGGCACGCGACUUGAUAGUGGCGUUUGAACAGGUGAUCACUCAGCUCUCGAGUGUUCGUCUGCAUACUACUAGUUCGGGUGAUUUUCAAACACUACGGGAGGCAUACAGUGUGUUUUUUUCAGCUUUUCAUGCAUGGAAGUCUCACGACUCCACGGUACUAGUUGAAAUCAUGUUAGCUCAAUUUGUGGAACUGGAACUCAUCUGGCAAACUGUUAAAGAUGACCGGGAGGGUGGAGUCGCUGACGACUACAACCAAGGGAUUAGGCACAAUCAAAUAUUGCUUCUAGCCAAGUUGAAGCGACUUGCAGGUGCCGAUAAGGCUAUGGAAUUGGUGAGGCAAUCUCUCAAGAAGGCAAAGCGUGAACAAAAACGCUUGAGAUCUUCGAAACAGGCAGUCCCUCGAUCUGCUACCGUUCAGGCGUUGCCUGACAGUCAUACCGAAAGCGUGUCUUCUCCCAUUAGCGAGACCUUCAAUAAUGUUGAGAGCAUUGUUCUCCGUGAAUUGGACAAGCAGCGAUUAUCCCCGCAUGAGAGCUUUAUAAAAGCUAUGACUGCACUUCCUGAAAACCGAGUGCUGGUGCACGAGCUGCUUCUUAACAAAGAAUUUCGGAUCGAUCAAGACUCGUAUACAGCUCCGCGUCAACAAAUUAUCAAGCAUAUGACGGAUAUGAUGAGAAUAGACGUCGAGGCAGGUCUGGGUACGAAGUGGAUAGUUGCAAUGGCUACCGUUAUACAAGACCGACUUCUGAGGUCACUGAGACCAGGAAAUUCUCUGCAUGUUCUCAUCAGUGAGGCACUGGAUCCAAAAAUGAUCGAAGCUCAAUGUAACGCUAAUACGUUCUCUUACGACGGGUUUUUCGACUUUAUGGGCUGUAUUCUUCCCAAACUUUGUGCACCAUUCCGAGAUCCAGAAGUGAAAGCCUUCACGGAGGAUAAGUCUGGUGAUGCUAUUGAUCGGCUGUCCAGAUUGAUGGGUCUGAUUGAUUUGCUGUCGUUGGAUCAUACAAAUUUUAUGAUACAUAUGGCUGCACCUCAACUCAUCCAAGAAGCACCGGGGUAUGAGAAGAGAACAUUUGAAAAAGGUCUUGAGGACAGGACAAUAGUGUUAGAUAAGACGAAGCGGUUUUGGCUGGUAAACCGUAACGCGAUGGUGGAUGAAAUGAGACGGCGUGACCCGGAGAACGUCAAUGCCUAUACACAGCCUUCAGCAUCAAAGCUUUACUCCCAUGGGUUAGUUGAUCUCGUAUUCAGCAAUUCACCUGUUCCUCGGGAUCUUGUCCCUGAGACCCUCGAGCUGGAUCAUAGUCGACUUGCAUUACUGCACAUGAAGAUCUUCAGAGCUGUUGCAACUGCAUCCAUUCUAUUGACGGCGAAAAAUUUGCUCAAACGGGAUGUGCGGUCACAGUGGAAAGCGGAAGCCGAUCGUAUCGUCUCUCUGGAUUUCAAUGAGGUGCAGCCUGAAAGAAUUCUGUCGAUCAUUGAAUCAACCCAUCCCAUGCCGCCCACGGCUAAAUCACAACUACUUUCAACCAUUAAACGUGUUGUCAACCCAGUUGUCACUGCCUCGACGACAGCGAAGCUCACUCAGAGCCCUCGAUCAUCGCUUGAAGUUGUCUCAGGAGCAGUCUUGUCCACUCAGCAUGAAUCUAUUUCGACUGAAACCUCUGCACCCAGUUUUACAGACCCAGUUGCACGGCUCCUUCUAUCUCGACUCCGUGCACAUGUCUUGUCUCGUCUUAACGCGGCCAGUGCUAGCGAGAGAGUUCGUGCAACCACGACAGCUAGCCAAAGUCUGGCAGCUGCAGGAAUGCCUGAGUUCGUGAGUGAAGUAGGCAAACUCGUUGACGACCUUUCUAAGAUCAGAGAGGUCGAUUGGGUUAGCCAUAGUGCUGUAUACGACGGAAUAUUGAGUGAUGGCACUGCCUCCACGAACAGUUUGAAUUGAUACACUUGUCGGAUCCUUUGAUGCCUCAUGAACUUUAUAUCAUUUAUCACCAUUUUGUAUCGUAGCUUAUAUACAUUCUCGUCUUAAAGAAACUACAUGUAUUUGAUUUAUUUACUCAUCGACUGACGGUCAUCAAUUUGUUCUUGUAUCGCGUGUCUUAGGGGGUUAGAAUACAUGAUGUUUUUUUCAAUGUAGAAGAAAGGGGGUAAAAUACUUAGAGUUUUGAUAUUAUAAUGGUC